AAUUGCACUUCUGUGGUCCUUGCGCUUCAUAUAAUGUUCUGCCUCUGGAUAUUGUUAGCGUAUUGGUGGAAAUUGAUACAAAGAUUCAGUGAUCUCUCUGUAUUAAAGUGUGGAACGCCGCUUACGUUUUUUCACCACAUGACGGUUGUCUAUUAGUCAUCGAGAACUACCGCUGAGAGGUGUGACUCAACUUGAUUCAGGCAUGGACAACGAUCGGUACUGGAAUUUGCCGAGUUGAAGAUUAAUUUCGAAAAAACUAUCAAGACUCGAAAAAAUUUAUAGAAAAACUGUUGAUUUUGCGAAAUAUCAAAAAAUUUGUCAAGUUGAAGAGUUUUGAGAGCACCAAGAUAGCUGUCGAUAUGAGGAGAAUUUCCUAUUCAUAUGGAGACAAAACCGUUUUAGAUAUGCGGAAGGCGGAAGAGCGAGAUCUGAGCGAGCAAAUACAUAGAAACUUGCAACUUCUCAACAUAAUGUAUCCACGUAACUUCGAAUUCAAUAGUUGCUUCACUCAGGACAUGUUUCUGAGACCGAAUACUAAGGCUUUCCCAUACGUUAUGCAUUAUCUGUUUAACAUUUUGGAUCCAAUCGAGUUCAAAAAGCGUUUUUACUGGCCUUUAGACCGCACAUCGGAGAAUGCUUUUCGAACAACAACCGUACAAUAUCUCAAUCACUUAAAUGAAAAGCACAAUUUAGGCUGGGGAGAAAUAAAGGUUUUCUUAGUUGUAAUGCCAGGCGGAAUGAAAUUCAUGAAAUUACUGUCGGAUUUGAUUAACUUCGUUGUCGAUGAGGAAACCAAGAAAGUCGAGAAGUCUCUGCCUGAUAACAUUACUAAAAGAAAACUAACAUUGACGAAUGAUAAGGUCCAAGGAAUCGUCCGAAGUCACGAAAAAUUUAUGCGUGAGGCUGUGAGAUAUAAAGAAAAAGUCGAUGCUCAAAAAUCGAUUUUAAGAGAAAAUGCGAAAAUAUUAGGUGAUAAAUUAAAUGAAAUUUGCCAGCAGGUGAGCAUGACGCCGGAGCAGUUAGAUGAGGCGUUUUUGCAAAAAUUCGCUUUUACGAAUUAUAAUUUGUUCGAGAAAACCAUUAUAAGUCAAGCAAAUGAAACGGAGGCAACAGAAAAGUAUUUGGACAGAUUAUCCAGUGAAAUUGACAAGUUUCACAGUGAGAAGCACCAGUUUCCUUGCGAUAAAGACUUACUGAUGUCGUCAUAUAAAACUAUUCAAAACGAUUAUCCAGGAUUAUGUCCGAAAGGUAUUAUUACCGUGGACAAUAAAAUCCAACUGGAAUCGCUAUUCGAAGCAUUCAAUUGCAUAUUCCCUGCAUUGGAGGAGGCUUGCGGACAAUGCGAUGUAACAACAAAGAAAAUGGACAAGUAUGAAUUUGAAGUGAAUGAGGUUGCCCAGUUGCAAAACGAUGCAACGCAGCUUGAUAACGACAUUUUCAAGUUCGAAAGCAUUGUAGAUGAGAUAAAAGUUGAUUUGGAGGAUCUCACAAAGUCAGGGGAUUCUGAAAAACUGGGAAAUACUCCGAGUCGUUCGAACAUUGUUGCCGAAAAUUGUAUAAAGUCGAAGUAUCUGUUUACACCCGCUAUAUAUGUGCAAAAUGACAAUGCAUGUAAAGCUAGACUACCGCUUCUAGAAGAUAACGGUGAUAAAUCAUUUAGUUUUGCCAACCAGACUACAGUGUAUAUCCCGAAAUCUGGUCAAGCUAAGAAUAUAUCGUUUGGCGGCCACAGUUCAAAAAUUAUCGAUCCUCACACACUCUUACGAACUGUAACCAAAUCAGCUAAACGUAGAAACCAACAGCAACGCUUCAACCAAUCAAACCUUUCCUUACUCGCAUCCAAAUUUAGAGAAAACGAGAAUAUGUUUGCAAAAGAAAAGGAAAAUAUCUCGCAGACUGUCAUUGGUACCGAUUUCGAAGUAACGCCAAUUAAAAGUACGCAAAGUAAUUCAUUCAUCAAAGAAACGAUUGAUCGACACAACGUUAUUAAGGAAAAAUUUGUGGAAAAUCGCGUCAUGAAAUUAACUCCAGAGAGUCUUAUUUUUCAGAAACGACAACGAACAUCUAUUCAUGAGAUUGAUUUGAAUUCCAUAACAAAGUCGCCAUCAGGACGCUUAGAUUCUCUGAUUAGAGUCAACUUUGAGGACUUCAGUAUUCCUGAAAUUUUAGUCAAUGACUUACCUAUCACUAAAUCUGAACUUAUUGAGGAACAUGAAAUUGAGGUAAAACCGAUUGCAAUUCCGAAAAAUACUGAAAAAUCAGAUUGCACCCGUCAAAAUGGAGAUGACGAUAAAGAAAAUCAAAUUGAUAAUGUGAUGAACGAGUUUUGCGCGGAUUUUCAAAAGAAACUUGGUAUUAAUCUUGCUAAUGAGUCCAUAUCCAAUGUUAGUGAUAGUAUUCUAAAAGACAUCAGUUUUGAAACUUUUUGUUAAACACUCAUUGCUUAUUUUAAAUAAAGAUUUAUUCAAAG